CCACCAAAACUCAAAUUCUGCUUUAACUGGAGCACUCUAUGAUGGAAGAGCAUUUCCUAAAAUCUAAAGGAACAUCACUUCUCUGUCCAUCCAAAGUGACAGAAACACCACAUAGAGAGCCGCUUGUUUAUAUCUCCUCCACAGUAGAUGGUAAUAUCAUAUGUGUAGGCCAAGAUGGAUUGGUUUCUACUUGGACCAGAAAUUUAAAGUUGAAGAAAAGUUCUCUUAUACUUGAUGAAAAUGAAAACAAACUGCAAAAUCGGAAGAUGAAGUGGGUUUCUGACUCCAUUUUAAUGCCUCAUUAUAACAAGCUAAUUAUUGGGACCUGUGACAGAGAGAUACGUCUGUAUGAGCUCUCCACCAUGGGACUGUAUUGCCAAAUUAUUGGCCUUGAAACAAUGCCUCUGUGUUUGGACUAUAGUAUUCGAGGAGAAGGUGAAUGUGUGAUAUCAUUUGGUGAUGAACAGGGCUGUGUUAAUAUCCUAUUGAUCAGUUCUGUGGCAGAUUCACUGAGGAAUUGGACAAAAUGUCCAGCUGUGGAAGAAAUUCCCACAGUUUCCAUAGAUGCUUUUAAGGACUGGGAAAAUAUUACCUUCAUUCGUUGGAAGGUUCAUAAUGACUGGGUGACAAAGAUCAAAUAUAUCCAUUCUGUGGAAUCCAUCAUAUCUAGUUCAAAUGAUGAUAGUACUGCACUGGUGAUAGGUUGUGUUAAUAGAACCAAAAAUGUGAAGCAUCGCUUGAAAACUCUGAUGGGUUCCAGGAGUGGCAGUCAGAACAAAUUUCCCAUACCAGCUGGUGCUUCUCCACGGAAGCGAUUUCAGUGUGAUGAGUCUGUUUUUAAAGUGUACAAAGGAGUCAAGACUUUUGACUAUUGCAGAGAAAAUAAUCUUCUUGUGACUGGUGGUUUGGACCGGAAUAUUCGUCUUUGGAACCCUUACAUCCCUGGAUGGGCUGUUGGCAUUCUGCGAGGACACACAUCUCCAAUUGGCUUCCUAAGCAUUGUUCACGGCAGCACAAAGAUUUUAUCAGUGUCUCUGGACAGCACAAUCAAGGUAUGGGAUAUGGAAGUCUACUCCUGCCUCCUCACAAUCAUACCCAACAUCACUCAGAUCAGAGGAGAGAUGGAAGUUUGCUAUUUUUCUGCUGACCUGCAGUCUCUCUAUGUGGCAGCUGAGACUUUUGCUCUCCUGCAAUUACAGAAUAAGAGAAAUCAGAUCCAUGAUUCAGGCAUGUCCCAUAAUGAACCAGUCUUUUGCUGCCAGUAUAACAAGCGCUUCCAGCAGGUGGUCAGCUGCUCAGAAGGGUCUGUUAUAAAAGUAUGGGAUCUGAAAAAUGGGCAGCUAGUGAUGAAAAUGUGUGAAGCCCAUGGAGAAACAGCUGUAACAUGCAUGGCUUUAGAUGCAAGUGGGAAGAGGAUGAUCACUGGUGGAAGAGAUGGCAGUCUGAAAAAAUGGGAUAGCUGCACUCUCAAUUGCACGCACACCCUUAAAGAAGCUACCAGUGCAACUGAUGAAGUCCUUGCAUGCACAUAUGCUGAUAUUUACAGCAACAGGUACAUCAUAUCUGUUGGUUGGGGCAGGAAGAUCAAUAUUUUUCCUGAGCUUAAUGAUGAAAUGCCUGAAGGAUCAAGUACACAGCCAGAGUGGACUGAAAGUGUGGGGACAGGUCACAAGGAUGAUAUUUUGUGUGUAGCUUCCUGCCCUCCGCAUUUCUUGGCCACUUCUAGUUUUGACGGUGAAGUUCUCAUAUGGAAUCUUGUAUCAGGACAUCUCUGCAGCCGCCUAAGUGCUGUAAGCAGGGCAGCUUUGGAAGGAGGAAAAGAGGAUUUAACCAUCAAUAAAAUCAUUUUCGUCUUACCAAGGAUGGAAAGAAAGAAAACAGCAGCAACGCUAGUGGCCAGUGGACCCAAAGGAUAUGUUACAUUCUGGAAUAUAUUUGGACAAGGGAAACUACUUGCUUAUUUCUCUAGUUCAAAGGAGAAAACUACCAUCAGCGAUAUGGCAGUCAGUAACAAUUACUUCCUCUUGUGUGCAGGAGACCAGCAGGGGUAUAUCUAUAUUUGGAACAUUUCUGAAUAUGCUGCCCAUGGGCCAGAGGACAAACCACCACUUUUGCUGCAGAACUGGAGAGCUCAUGACUGCACUGUUACAAGUGUGGCCUUCAUGAAUGACUACCACCUUCUCCUCACUUCAUCCUUGGACUGUAGUGUGAAACUGUGGAGUCUGGAAGGGGAAUACAUAGGGAUGUUUGGUCAAAAAGAACCAUGGAACAUAGAAGAGAAGUCAUCGUGGAAACAAUUUGACCCUAACAUUAGCUCAGCCAAUGACUCCAAUGACUUUAGACAGGAAUUUCUCCAAGCAAAUAGUUUUGCCUCCAACUGGGAGUUCAAGAAAAUGAUGCAGGAUACCACUGCUUUGAAGCCAGUAGGAAAUGAUGAGAUUUCUGAAGAAAUGAAGCAAGGACAGAAAGUAAGACUUCAGCCCAGACAAAAAAAGUGCCAAUACAAACCUAUCCAACAAUAUGGCAGCAGAACCAUGAGUACCUAUCAUACUCUCCCACUGUGUGAGUUAGCCAACGUGUCAACUGUAUUCCACAAACCAAAUCUGGCUGCGGAACUUGAAGACCCAUUUCAUACAGACAUUUAACAGCUUCUUCAACAGUGAGCUGGAGUGCUGUUUUCAAGGAUCCAAACUGCUUUCUCAAAUUCAAGAUGAGUGAAAAAAGUAGAGCCUUAAAAGGCACUGCUAUCCUGUACUGUCUGAAGCACUUUGAGUACUAUCACAGAUUAGCUAAAUUGUCAUCAUUAAUCCCAGCAGCAGCUAAUUUCAUAAAGAGUUAUGUAGAAUUAAAUCACACCUGCAAGCCAACCUGUAGCCAGUGGUAAUAAAGAACUCUCACGUGGCCAUGACUUGUGAUUCAAGAAUUAGAUUUAAAUAUUUAUUAUAAAUAUUUAUACAGUCUCUGGCAAUCUGUUGCCAUUUAAAAAUCAAUGGACUCACUUGUCAAUCUGUGCAUAACGUCACUGGGGAAGAUUUUCAUUUACACAUACAGUAAACAUUUUGCAUACUUUAAACACUGCCAUAAGUUGAAGACACACUCUUCUGUCCCACAUUUACAUAAAAUACCCUUGCUAAAUAUGAAAUACCUCUUGACUUGACCAUCUUCGGAACAGCAGCUUUCAUUGUUCCAAAAUAGGUAGCUAAUUGACUUUAGUUUAAAAAUUUCCAUUAAUGCUGAAGCGUUCCCCCCCAAUUUAGAUACAUCUGAUUUCCCCUGUAUUUAGGAAGCUGAUGUAUCCAUCACACUCAUGGGGGAGGGAAUGGUAUUAGGUACAUUCAGCUAUUAUUACUACAGCAAAGCCCAGAAGGGUGUCAUCAGGCAACUUUAAAUUAGCAUCUUCAGCAUGUAGUUAUAUAGUUCAGCUUUGCUGUUUCACA